CGCAACGUGCGGUGCGGUGUGGCUGCUGCAGCCCCGGAUCUAUUGUAUUUCAGAGCGGAUCCGGGUCGUCUCUUCAUCGCGCACAGCUGCAGCAACAUCCAAUUAUACCUGUUGAAGCUUCGUGGAGGAUCUGCGACGGUCCCUCUUUUCAAGCACCAAUUGCUGCGCCGCCCGAUAAAUCCAUAGAAGACCCAGGAGGGUCCAUCUAUCCGACAUUCCUUCCCACCCGCAGUCGCCAACAAUUUGCGCUCGGAAAACGAUCGUCGUUCCGUGAAAAAAACAACAAAAAAACAACAACAAUAAAAACUGCAUUACUAUGAUUAGCGCAAAGUCGUAAUUGUGCGAUCACUGAGUCACUGUUUCGGUGGAAAUUGAAAUAGAAAGACCAGACCAGUUUCGCGAUGGCAGCGAUGUGGGAUAAAUGUUUGCUGCUGAUUUCGUGUUUCGCGAUACAUCUGAGAAGCGGUUUCGUCGAUGGACAGGAGUUUCACAGUUCCAUCGAUCCGGAUGCCUAUUUGUCAACUCCUCAAAUCAUUCGUCGCCAUGGAUAUGAGGCGGAAUCCCACAUAAUUCAGACGGACGACGGAUACCUAUUGACCCUCCACAGGAUUCCCACGAAUCGUCUAGGAAUCCGUGGAAAACAACCGAUCUUCAUACAGCACGGUCUUCUCUCGAGCAGCACGGAUUGGGUCGAUUCCGGCAACAAUUCUCUCGCUUUCAUUUUGGCCAACGACGGGUACGAUGUUUGGCUUGGCAACGUCAGAGGUAACACCUAUUCGAAGGGUCACGUUACGCUCUCACCAAAGGAUGCCAAAUUUUGGAAUUUUAGUUGGCACGAUAUGGCUCUGCACGAUCUUCCAGCGAUGAUCAAUCACAUCUCGAACAUCACCAAUAGACCUGGCGAGAUCCUCUACAUCGGUCACUCGAUGGGAACGACGAUGUUCUACGCUUUGGCUUCUGAGAGACCGCAAAUCGCGCAGAGUAUCAGAGCUAUGGUAGCCUUGGCUCCUGUAGUCUACAUGACCCACAUCAAGUCACCCAUUCGUUACCUAGCACCGUGGAUAAACGAUAUACAAUUUCUAGUCAAACAUUUAGGCAUGAACCAGUUCUUGCCGAGCAGCAAAAUCCUGAAAUUCCUUUCCUACGAUUGCGAGAAGAAACUGAAAAAGGAAAUUUGCGAGGACGUCUUUUUCAUCCUGUGCGGCUUCGACAAACAACAGUUCAACGAUACUUUGCUUCCGGUGAUUUUGAGUCACGUUCCAGCGGGAACCUCCACCAAAACCGUGAUACAUUAUUUGCAAGAGAUCGCCAACGAAGGUAAAUUCCAAAAGUUCGAUUACGGCAAGAACGGAAACAUGAAGGAAUACGGACAAUCUUAUCCACCGCUCUACAAGCUCAACAACGUCGACGUUCCAAUGUUCCUGAUGUACGCCGAGAACGAUUGGCUCGCCAGCCCAAUAGACGUGAAACGAUUGGCCGAGAAUCUUACAAACACCAAUUACGAGAUGUACAAGAUUCCAUUGGACACGUUCAAUCACGUGGACUUCCUUUGGGGCAUCGACGCUCCUCGUCUCGUCUACGGCCCGAUGAUGGACUACUUAAGAACUUAUCCAUUGUACUAUGUAGCCGAAUGAGAAAUCCAUAAUACUAAAUUAUAAUCUUCCCCAAUAAUCCUAAUUAGAAACUGCAUGGUAUUGAGAUGAGUAUAAUAAUAAUCGGUGUAACCACGCCCUCUAGUAACAAUCGGCAAUAGCAACGUAAUAAUAUCCUUCCCUGUAUGUAUCGGAAUAUUGUAUU